AUGAUCUCUGUCGUAAUCAUCGCCGAGCUGUUGGUGGAGUACACGGCGGCUCUCGCCAAACUCACCGCAGGGCUUCUUCCGAGACGGCAAGGCGAAAGCAACGUCGUACGAAUUGGCGGUUUCUCCUUGCCUUGUCCUUCUCCAUCGAGUUCUAAUCGGAUCCCAGAUUUCUCUUCUCAUCUCGUCGAUUUCUGA